UGUAUUAACCCCGUCUAAAAAGUCAGCCUUCCGGUUAUUAUUUUUUCGCCGAAAAUCAAAAUUUUGAUGGUUUUUCUCAAGAAAAAUACGCAAGAUCAUAUUAGACUGCAUCCUUUACAUUAUACAUGAUAUUGUCGUUGAAUCAUUCUUCCAAGCAUAACAGGAUAGAAAUUAAAUAAGUAUUCAAACCAAAACAUCGAGGCUUUUCAGAAUUUUGACAGCUUGACCCUUUGUGCGGAUCCUUACCAGCUUACGGCGGAUUUUCUUGUUGUAUCGUUUUUUCCCCCAAAAAAAGAAUUUCGAAUUAUACUGAAGCAAAUGUUUACGAUUACAUAAUUUAUGCCCUGAGUUUUGUUCCCUUCAUGUUCUCAUUUUUGACAUAAACAUGUGACUUGAAUUUCAAACUGAAAUUAAACAUCUUCAAGGAAGUGUGUUGUUUAUUGUACUUAAAUAUUGUAAUACUGAAGGUGCUUUUGUAUGGAUAAUAAGAUCAAAUUCAAAGGAGGAGUGAUUUUACUUUGAACUGUUGAAGGCUUUAGUUUAGAACAAAAACAAGGGCGCAAAAACAAUGUGGCAUUUACCGGCAUAAUAUUGAAGGCCAUCUAACUUUACUGUCGGCAGUUCAUAGCUGUAAGUCAGCUUUGAUAAACUGAGAUAUAAAUAUGGGUAAUAAAUACAGUUGUUGCGGCUAUAAAAGCUCUAAAAGGAAGAAUAGGGAGGAGUCGUAUCAACCUGCUAGACAUUCUAGUCAACAAGAAGAGUCUUCUCAUGCAGCUAUUCAGCAGAGUUAUUCCUCUUUACCAGGGGUGCCUCAUAUCAGUGAUCGUGAAAACCUACCUGAAGAUAACAUAGGAGAUCCUUCAAACAAUCCCUUAGAAAAGACCAUGUUUUACAGGCGGUCACAGAUAGAGAUUAACAAAAACAAUAAGAAAAGAAGAAGAAGUCAGUAUGAUGACCAUGUCCAUGUGUUGUCGCAGAUAAAUGGGUGCCCAUAUGGCAAGCUGAAAAAGUACAGCUCUUGUUCGACUAUAUAUAUAGACGAUUCGACGGUCAGUCAACCAAAUCUGAAAAAUACAAUCAAGGCUGUGACAUUAGCCGUCUACUUUCAUAUAAAGAAUCGCGAGAGUAAAUUUAACGUGAGGACACUGGAGAUAUUUGACGAGAAACUGCAUCCACUCUCAGUAAGUAAACAUUUGUUCUGGAAAUGAAAAAUGGGAAAAGAA